AUGAGUAGUUCUGCUCAUGACAUCAAAAAAGCCAUUGAUGCGUCGGUGGGCGGAUUGGUUUGGGUCUGCAGGCAAAAUGGUUAUUGGUGGCCAGGUCAGAUUCUGAAGCCAGAUGAAUUGCCUGAGACCAUAUUGCCUGCACCAAGAGCAGGGACACCUAUACAGCUCCUUGGGAGAGAAGACGCAUGUUUGGACUGGUAUAAUCUCGAGACAUCCAAAAGAGUUAAAGCUUUUCGUUGUGGGGAGUACGAUUCAUGCAUUCGGAAAGCUGAGGCAUCCGCAUCGAAUUCAUCAAAGAAGACGGCAGGCAGAUAUGCCCGCAGAGCUGAUGCCAUUAUUCAUGCACUUAAGAUUGAAAGUGCUUGUGAAGAUUUUGACAAAGAUUCCAAUAGUUUUCAAGAUUAUUUGGAUUCAGCAGAGGAAAUGUCGGCAUCUGUAGCAUCAAUUGAGGAGUCGCAUCAUGUGGUUCUCUCUUCAGGUAUGAUUUGGUUGCACGUAUACAAUUCAAUAUGUGGUAAGGUAUAAAUAAAUUCAUAACCAUUAGGCUUUAUUAAAUUUUGGGAUUAUCUUUCAUGUUACAUAUAACACCACUUUGUUUCACCAAAGAUAUGAUCCUAAUAUUUGUA